AUGAAUGUGCUUGUUAGACAGCGGUACACUUGUAGUGGGCGGCAGAGCGACAUUCGGCAUUUGCCGCCUGGGCGCACCGCGUGCGGUGCUUCUGAAAAGAUUGACCGUCCUGGUCCUUUGACGAACUCAAAGCUCGGAACCCGAAGAACCCAAAAAUUACUGACAAUAUCUCCACGUCUCUCUGAAGAAGUCUCCCUUACGGACGCAAUGGAAAAAGAGGAGCAUCAAGAUGUGGACGUCGUUGUGGUGGCCGUUGUAGUCACCUGCAUAUUUCUCAUACCUACGGCUUUCUUUGUCAUCUGUAGGCUACAUACCAAGUUGAAGAAGAAGGCUCACAAGAGGGCGUCUCGAGUUUCAGUGGUUUCCAUAGCGCCGAUGAAUCGGCCACGCAAAUCUUCUAUAGUCUUACCGCCAAUAAGGCACGUUCCGAUGCAACAUCGGCCUUCCAUGGAGCUAUCUACAGUAGAAGCACCUGAUGCGAUUGGUCUUGGAAAUACAGAUGGAGCGAACAACAUUCGCCGUUUUUCAGCAUGCUACCUGACUGAGUUGAAACUUAUGGAUGUCGGCCCAUUACCCCAUGAUCAAGCUGUCGUCGAUGAGCAACGAGAACGUGAACUGGAGAAACGUGCGUCACUCGCUGUUCAAACGAACUGA